AUGAACUGUAAGCAAUAUAUUUCAGAUGAUGUAGAGGAACAACCAGAAGAUGAAGAGAACGAAGGUGACGAGAAUGGAGAGGAGGCGGAUAACGAGCAGUUAGAGAGUGACAAUGAUGCAGCAUCUUCAGCCGCAGCAGAUGAUCAACAACCGCAGCAAAAUGUCGAUGAUUCAAAUAAUGCAGUCGAUGACCCAAAUGAAAAACAAUCACCGAGCCACGAAAAUGCUCAGCAAUAA